CUUGAGUCUUUGUGUUAAAGAGCUUUCCCUCAAAACCUCAAACUCUUAUUCAUUUACGAGCAGAGCUGAGCUUAACAUUCAAGAAUGGCAGCCCUUGAUCUUCAUGUUAUGGCCUCUGUUUUUGGCAUUCUGGGUACCAUCUUCGCCUUCCUUGUCUACCUUGCCCCACUACCAACAUUUUAUAGGAUUUUCAAGACAAAGUCUGUUCAAGGUUUCCAAUCUACACCCUAUUCAGUGGCAUUGUUUAGCGCCAUGUUAAUGCUCUAUUAUGGCUUCCUCAAGACAAAUGCUUUAAUUCUCAUCGUGGUCAAUUCCAUUGGCAGCUUCAUCGAAACUGUGUACCUUGUAAUGUACUUGAUUUAUGCACCACCAAAAGUCAGGAUUUUCACAGCAAAGCUGCUUGUCCUGUUUAAUGUCUUGGCUUAUGGUUUGAUCUUAGGGGGUACAAGCCAAAUCCCAAAUGCUAGUCGGCGGUUGACAGUUGUUGGGUAUAUCAAUGUUGUGUUCAAUGUCUCUGUGUUUGCUGCUCCUCUUAGUAUUAUGAGGCUGGUUAUUAAAACAAAGAGUGUGGAAUACAUGUCAUUCUCAUUGUCACUCUGCUUAACCCUUUUAGCUGUUGUGUGGUUCUUCUAUGGCCUUUUAAUAGAAGAUUUAUUCAUAGCGGCACCGAACAUCUUAGGGUUCGCCUUUGGGAUUGCGCAGAUGAUUAUGUUCUUAGUCUACAAGAAAAAAAAGAAAGUUGCCUUACCAGAAUGUAGUCUAAAUGAUCAGAUACCAAACACAGACAGGGUUGCUACUGUAGAAAAUGAUGACAUAGUAACAGCAGGUGAAACUAAUACUCAAACUCAAUUGGAAGCGGGGAUAAAGAAGAGUUCAGAAGCUGAUGAUCAUGAGAAUCAAUCGUAGAUCAUUACACAGCUGAGUACUGAAUCAAUUGUGUGAAGGCAACUGAUGAACCAAAGUGACACAUUUAUUGUGUGAUCAGAUCACAGUUAGUAAUAUUCAAGACGGGAAUUAAACGUCAAAUAUACAUACAUGAAUAAUUAGUACGUGUUUAAAACAAAUUGUAAUGAAAAAUACGCAUGUAAAAAUGCGAGCAUACAAAUAUCAAUAUAUGUCAUUUGUAGUGUCUAGUAUCAUUUGGUCUAGUGACAUAAGUAUCUCUUUGUAUUCGACUCACAGAA